CGCCCUUGGAGCAAUAUAUGAUAGGAGGUUAUUGUCCAUAGAUAUAUGCUUCCCCCGAAUCUUAAAUAAUAGAUAGGCUACCAAAACUGAUGCUACACUACACUCUGACAAUAUAGAGUAGUGUCAUGUAAUGUAAUAUAAUUGUUAUACAUUUGUUCUGGUAUUAUUUGAUAGGGGAUACUGGUAUUUUUUGCUAUUGUUUUCCACUUUCAUAUUUCUUUAUUUCUUUUGGAUAUUUUUUUAAAGGCCUAUUUCAGGAUAUUUAAUCUUCUCCAUAUGAUUAUUUUUUGUGAUUUUUACAUUUUCUAUUUUAAUGUUUCUUUUUUCUUCGUCAUGAGGCUUUUAAUGUCUUGUGUGAAGCACUUUGAAUUGAAUGGAGCCAAUGCCAGUAUAAACAGUAUAAAAAUUCACACAAAUUAAUAUCUUGUGCGCACAAGAUAUACUGUAGGCUACAUAUAUUUUAAAAACGUUUUGGACUUUAGGGACUCCAUAGAAUUGCCUUGUUGCUGUAAUGUGCUCAACUAUAUGAAUAAACAUGCCUUGCCUUCUUGCAGUUAUUUGCAAACAUAUCAGUUUCAUUUCAGAAUAAAUCCUAUAAAUAAAGUUGAAUUAUAAAUGUUUUCUCUAAAUUAUAAAGUCAACUAGGUUACUAGUUUGUAUGUAUUUUCACAAUAAUAGGUAAAUGUAAAAUUUUAAAUCAUUUAAAAAAAAAAAAUUGGUUAUGGAAGGGAUGUCGACCCCCCUUUCAGUGUCUCACGGCCCCCAGGGGGUCCUGACCCCCACUUUGGGAACUACUGAGUUAACCUGCAGAUACGAGACCCGAACACUCAUUACGCAUCUUCAAUCUUCAAGCGACGACAUGUCAGGCCGGCGUUUCAGCGAGUCGUGGCGUCUUCUGGAUAACGUGACCGGAAAUCUCUCAUGGGAGGAAUGUUACGCCGUCAACAGAACCGUGUGGCAUUUUCCCGAAGACACCGACCAGCUUGUGUCAGCGACGGAGUCCGACGUGGACGAUCCAGGGGAGAAUGAGCUCGUUGCUCCAGAAGAAGAAAACCCGUUUUAUUCCACUCCUUCUUCUCCUCUGAAAUUGCCUUCGACUUCUGGCGCCAUUCUCCCGUUCCCCGCAACAACACCGGUACCUCCGCGGAGAGCUCCGAGGAGCAGGUCUAAAACCCAGAGUCAGUGGAGACGGAGACGAGCAGCUGCAUCCCAUCCAUAUAAAGCCAGAGGAUACCGCAAAUAUAGAGCACCUGUCUCUGGGAGACGGAGUUGUGGCUGCUGCUGCUGCUGCAACUGUAGUGGAAGGAGAUACAGACCGAGGGGAUGUGUGCAAAGGCAAAGAAGAUACAGGCUUACGCCGAGAGUGCCAUCAUGGGAGCACCUUCCUGUGGCCAUCCAGCCAACUAAAUGGUACCAAGUUGUCGGGAGCAUGCAGUGCAGCCACUGCAAAACACAGGGGAGGCACCAGAUGACAUCUUGGAUGUGCCAGAUCUGCGAGGAGCCCCUGUGUCUGAUGCCAUAUAGGAACUGCUACGCCCUGUGGCAUGGUCAGAGAUCUUGAGCUCACAGGCUGGGAUGUAGCUUUUUCAAAGGGAAGAGCAUCAGAAGUUUAUUAUCCAAUCAUGGGAUAUGUUCUAAUUUCAAGCAGCUUUUGUUAGCAAAUGGGCUUCUCCUGGUUAUCUUAAAUCAUGCUUAAUUUUUCAAUGCAGAUGACUAAUUUGUCUGUUCACAUUUGCUGAAUAGUUCAUUAAAGAAGUUCAAUUACAAGUAUAUUUCCCUCCAAAAUUAGCAUGGCAGGAUUUUUUUUGGGAGCCCUCAACUGUUGUACACCCACAUUUAAUGUUCAGAUGUUUCCACCUAAGUGAUUGUAGGACAAUUAUUUAUAAUGUGUUCCUUUUUCUGUAAAUGCUGAUUUCUGAUUAAAUUGCAGAGAAGUUGAA